AUGGCUCCCGAAGCUCUCAAAUUCUCCUUCUCCAGCAAAUCUGACAUCUGGUCCCUGGGCUGCAUCAUUCUAGACAUGGCCACUUGCUCCUUCCUGAAUGACACAGAAGCCAUGCAACUGCGGAAGGCCAUCCGCCAUCACCCAGGCAGCCUGAAGCCCAUCCUGAAAACCAUGGAUGAGAAGCAAAUCCCUGGUACAGAUGUCUACUAUUUGCUUCUGCCCUUCAUGCUGCAUAUCAACCCCUCUGACCGACUAACAAUCAAGAAUGUGAUCCAAGUCACCUUAAUGAGCAGCUCCUUCAAGAGCUCCUGUGUUGCUCUGAACAUGCAGCGGCAGACGGUUCCCAUCUUCAUCACUGAUGUACUGCUAGAAGGCAACAUGGCCAACAUCUUAGGCGCGGGCCUGCAAGGCGAGGGCCGGCAAGGCAAAGGCCCACUCCUCAAUGGCUUGGUCCUCAAUCGGGUUCGCCAUAUCCUUGUUCCUGCAGAUGUCAUGCAGAAUUUCUCCAGUCGACCAGAGGUCCAGCUCAGAGCCAUUAACAAGUUUCUGACCAUGCCAGAGGAUCAGCUAGGCCUGCCAUGGUCCACAGAGCUGGUGGAGGAGGUAAUCAGCAUCAUAAAGCAGCACGAGAAGAACCUGGAUAUUCUGCUCAGCACCUGCUCCCUGUUGCUGCGUGUUCUGGGCCAAGCACUGGCAUACGACUCAGAAACUGAGAUCCCAAGGAGCAGUCUGAUUGUCUCCUUCCUGAUGGAUGCCUUGCGGAACCACCCGAACUCUGAAAGAUUGAUUACUGUGAUCUACAACGUGCUCACCAUUAUCUCUAGCCAAGGACAGGUCUCAGAAGAGCUGGAAGAGGAGGGCUUGUUUCAGCUUGCCCAAGAACACCUGGAGCACUUCCAAGAGGACAGGGACAUCUGCCUCGCUAUCCUAAGCCUACUCUGGUCACUCCUGGUAGAUGUUGUCACUGUGAACAAAGAGCCCCUGGAGCAGCUCUCAGGCACAGUCACCUGGGUGCUGGCUACCCAUCCGGAGGACGUGGAAGUGGCAGAGGCUGGCUGUGCGGUGCUCUGGCUGCUGUCCUUGUUGGGCUGCAUAAAGGAGAGUCAGUUUGAGGAGGUGGUAGUGCUGCUUCUGAACAGCAUCCAGCUGUGCCCUGGCAGAGUACUGCUGGUCAACAAUGCUUUCCGUGGCUUGGCCAGUCUCGCAAAGGUGUCUGAACUGGUGGCCUUCCGAAUAGUAGUACUGGAAGAGGGCAGCAGCGGCCUCCAUCUCAUCCAAGAUAUCUACCAGCUCUACAAGGAUGACCCUGAGGUGGUGGAGAACCUCUGCAUGCUGUUGGCCCAUCUGACCUCCUACAAGGAGAUCCUGCCAGAGAUGGAGUCUGGAGGCAUCAAAGACCUAGUCCGGGUGAUCCGGGGGCGCUUUACCUCCAGCCUGGAGCUGAUUUCUUAUGCUGAUGAGAUACUUCAGGUACUGGAAGCAACUGUAUAUCCUAGCCCCCAGGAGGACCAGCUUGAACCUUCUGCAGUACGGGAAGACCCCAAGUCUCCUCCCCACUGCAGCUAG